AUGACACAGGGAAAUUGCCGCAGGAUGGCAGUCGGUACCCAGCCGCCGCCGCCGCCGCCGCCGGGGCGCCCCCGCCCCGCCCCGCCCGCCGCUCCCCCCGCUGCCUCCGCCGCUGGCCGCGCGUCCCUUCGGAAGAGCCGCUGCCCCGAGGCCGCGGAGGCGCGAGGGCGGCGGAGGGGGCGCCCCGGGACCGCCGCCCGCCCUCGCAGGGCGCUUUGUUCUUUCUCUCCAACUACCUGUCUGAGCGGCGGGCCGGAGGGGGCCCGGAGGCAGGGCCGCCCCCGGAGGGGCUCCGCGUCCGCCUCGUGGGGGCGCUCUCGGCGCGAGGGCGAGGGCCCGUCCCCCUCCCCUCCUUCUCCUCUCUCCUCUUUUGUUGCUUCUACUCUUGGACUACGCGCCGCCCUUGCUGUUCCCCCUCCCGCUUGGGAGUGUGCAGGGUGGACGCACAGCGAGCACCGUGAGCUGGCCCCCGGCGACCCCGGGCCCCGCCGAGCGCGGUCGCCCCCGCCGAGGGCGCCCCGCGGACCCGGGGGCCGCGCUCCCAGGUCCCCGCGCUUCGGCCUGCGCGGGACCGCGGCGCCUCCCGGACGCGCGGCUGGGACUCAGCGGAGAUGGGAAUCGGCGCCGGGCUUCUCCUUGGGCAGCCCCUCGUGCUCCUACGCUGUGCGCUCACAGUAUCAGAGGAAAUCAGACAGAUCCCAGCUGUUUCCAGUCGAGUCCUUUAUCCCUCUGCAAUAAUAUAGUAUCAACACAUUCCCAGGGGUUCCCAGAGUUAUUUUUAAAGGAACAGUAAUGCUCUCAGCCCUUCUGGAGUUAUUUUCCUUCUCAUUUCACUGGCCGUUUCGGUUUGGGUGAUUUCGGGGAUUGUAGGGCACCCCUUUCACCUGCUAAGGACUGAAGGGCCAAGGCUACCUCAUCAUCAUCAUUCACUGGCAUCUGGAGACCGCGGGGCUCAGCACAGCGUUCGGAGCCUUUCCUAGCAGAAGAGGAAUGAAGGCCUGGGGGAAAAGAAGAGGAGACAGAUUAGCUCAGAUUAACUGGACAUCCUGUGGUUUAUCUGCCUCCCGACUGCAGCAAACCUUGGUAGCCUCACAAUUUCUUCGUGGCACACGUAAAGGAUAAAAGAGCCUGACAGAACAGAAAAUAGGAAAUGCAAUAGUGGAUCGAAGCCUCAUUGGAUUUCUUUUGGAACAGAAUAGGUAGGAAAAGAAAACGCUGAGCGGAGCCUGAACAGAGCAAUAGAACUUAGAAAAGCCUAAGAAUGGCAUUUCCACAGCUGGGCCUCGCAUGGCUUGGGGUUUCUCACACUUAGUGGCUCCACGGUUUGUGUUGGUGGCCCUUCCCCCCGAACGCUGUGGUGCCGGAGGGACAGGUGCUUGCCUCCGCGUGCACUCCCCAGAGUCCCGCACAUGAACCCUGAGAGAGAACUGAGCACCACUUUCAGGAACUUCAGUUUGGAAACUAAGGGUAAACUCAUGCUAGUGCCAAGUUCACGAUCCAGCCCGAUUCCUGUGUUUCUGAAAGGUGGGAAGAGUUCGGGCCCAACUGCUUCCUCUACAGAGGAAAGAAAAGAUGAAAGGCCUGAAGGGCCUCUCUUAGACCACGUCAGACAGGGGCUUCUCCCUCCAUUCUGGAUCCCGGUGUGCGGCAGAGGCGGCCUUUGCUUCCCCAGCCCCGUUCUGUCCUGAUGUUCCAAAUCACCAGGCUCUCGAUCACACACCUCCCAGGGGUUGUUUUCUCUAAUAAGUAGGUUCAUUUUUGUACAUUGAAUUUUCCCCUGUAGCCUGCAUUUUCUACCAUUUUCCGUGUACACCAUCGAAGCUGGAUUGUGAGCCUUAUGAAAUAAUUGAGGUCUGAGAUGAGAAAUUAGGCCUGAAAGCAGAUCAGGCUGAGUCUGGAAAGGACUUUGCAGGGAGGGCUUCAUCAAUGGAACAGCCAAGAAGAGACCCACAGCUCAGUUUGCCUCUGUUCCCAACACACCUCCUAGAUGUCCACGCUAACGUCAUUUCUGCUGUUUCUUACAAUCCACAGGCACUACGGAUAGGUGACUUGUCCUACUGAGAACUGGUAGGAACUCAUAUGUCUGAUCUCCUUUGAAAAUUAAUUGUGAUGCGAGCUCCUGUGAGCACCUGGCAGGGAAGAAAAAACGGAGACAAGGAACUAGUUUUCCAAAGUAAAGAAACAUAAGAUUCCAAGAUUAGCGUUUGGUGACUGAUCUCUGAUUCAUUCAAGAAGUCUUUUCAUAAGCACCUCUUGUGUACCCAGCUCUUUGAUUCUUGCAUUUAUGCACUCAAAAAAAAUUUGUUUGGCUCCUACUAAGUUACAGUGAGACACUGGGGGGAUAGAGUGGCGAACAGUGGAAACAAAGUCCCUCUCUCUGGGGUGGGGGGUGAAGGAGGCAGAUAAUAAACAGGGAAACAAACAAGUGAGAAAAUUUCAAAACUUAAUGAGUGUUACAAAGAAAUUAAAAGAAGUUGCAGUGACUGGGCAGAGGGGCAGCAGGAGAGAACAGUUGGGCAUUCAGGAAAGGCCUUACCAAGGAAUGACAUGUACACUGCGAGCUGAAGGCUGAAAAGGAGCUGACCAUUUGAAAAUGUUCCUGGGGAAAGAAAAGAAUUAAGGCAUGUGGCCUUAUUAGCCUAUAGUUUUGUUAGAUUCAUCAAAAAAUAAUUAGUUGCCAAUGCAAGGGAAGAGAGUCAAUCUCUAAGUGCUAUGGGACUUUAGAAGAAAAUGAUCACUGAUGAGAAAAAACUAGUUAAGGAAUACGUCAUGGAUAUGGAUCUUGCCCUUGACCUGGAAUAUAUUUGGAUGAGUGGAGUGAAGGCAUGGAAUUGGGCAUGUGAGCAGUAAGGAUGUGGACAUCACCUCUCUGUUAGAUGUAAGGGGCCCAAGGAAGAAGGGCCAAGAAUGCCACUGACAGAGGUGGGAAGAUGCUUAGAAUGGGAAGGGGCCUUCAGGUCAAGUAGCCCCUUGUUCCUCAACAUAUGGUCUCUGAACCAGUAACAUCAGCAUCACCUGGGAGCGUCUUAGAAACGCAGCAUCUUGGGCUCCAUCCCAGACCUGCUGAGUCAGAAUGUGCGUUUCAGCAAGAUGCCUGAUCUGGGUGCACCUUCAACUUGGAGAACCACUGUUCCAGUCCAGUCCUCUCAUUUUAGAGAUGAGGGAACAGGAUUGAUCUGAUCCCAUCUUUGUGUGCCUGCAUGUGUGACAGAGACAGAGAAUUUUGCUUUCAACUUUUUGUUUCAAAUAAAGAACCCAGAGGUAACAUCUGUGGCCAAAUAUGUUUCUUAUGUAGGGCAGAAGCAUGGUUUUCAGCUCAAAUAGAAGAGGAAAGUUAAAACUUGAUGGCUUUUGCUGGUUUGUGCAUCUGUCUAGGAAACAGUUUUGGUAGAUUUGAGGCCUGAAUCCAGCUUUCUAAAAGAUCAGAUUUACUCUACUGGAUUACCCUUUGGAUUCAGACCAUUUAUACUCAAGUAACUUGGCCCCUUCUAGCCAUAUGAUGUUGAGCAAGUCACUUAAGUGUCUGAAUGUCAUUGUAUUGUCUAUAAAGAGUGAUUUAUAUAA